AUGAAUGAAACAACUAAACUGAAGAUCAUUAAGGAAUUAGAGGAUGUGAACAAAGUUAUGAGUCAACUAGACCUAAAAGAUAUAAAAAUCUAUCUUACCUUGAAAGAAAAACGGAAUACUGAGAUCUGGUGGGGGGCCGGCGGCAGUCUGGGAGCGGCGCGCCUGUACACCAUCAUCAACGGGCCCAGCAAGUUGGUCGCGCAGCGCCGCACAGGUCUCACGCAGCAGCAGGUGAAGGGCCAGCUCCAGGAGCUCCUGAAAAGCCGGCAGCCCGCGCCGCCGACCUUGCAGCCCCAGCGGGCGCAGCCCUUCGCGCAGCCGCUGGGACCCUGGCCCCUGUCGAGUCCAGGGCCAAGGCUUGUGUUCAAUCGUGUGAAUCGCCGGCGGGACCCCUCCAAGUCCGCAUCCCUCCAGGGGACCCAGGAGACCUACACACUGGCCCACAAGGAGAAUGUCCGCUUUGUGUCCGAAGCCUGGCAGCAGAGACUAAGGUGUCACUAUGUUCUUCAAGCUGCUGUGCUCCUGGGCCCAAGCUAUUCUCCUGCCUCAGCCUUCCAAGAAGCUGAAACUACAAGAACACGAGACUGUACCUGGCUUGCAAACACCAUUGCUAAUAAGAAGAUAUUACAUGGAUCCCUGAGAUCGGUCCCCAAUACGACAAGACAAUUUGAUAUCAUAAUAGAACACUGCAGAAACAAUGCUGAGUGAAGAAGAGUAGAAAUGGGAAGACUUGGUUGAGCGGAAACUGAGUUCUUGAAAAGAGGAGAUGCUUGAUGAGGAUGGAGUCUUGCUCUGUCGCCCAGCCUGGAGUGCAGCGGCACGAUCUCAGCUCACUGCAUCCUCCGUCUCCCAGGUUGAAGGGAUUCUCUUGUCUCAGCCUCCCGAACAACUGGGACUAAAGGAUCAGACUCUGUUGCCCAGACUGGAGUGCAGUGGCAGGAUCAUGGCUCAGUGCAGCCUCAACCUCCCUGGACUCAGGUGAUCCUUUCACCUCCACUUCCUGAGUAGCUGGGACUACAGGCAUGGAUCCCUGAGGUCUGCCCCAGUACUAUAAGACAAUUUGAUGUAAGAAAACACAGCAGAUAUAAUACUGAGUGAAGAAGAGUAUAAAUGAGAAGACUGAUUGUGCAGAUACUGAGUUCAUGAAAAGAGGAGAUGAUUGAUGAGGCCAGGUGUGGUGACUCACGCCUGUAAUCCCUGCACUUUGGGAGGCUGCGGUGGGCGGAUCACCUGAGGUCGGGAGUUCGAGACCAGCCUGGGAGACAGAGCAUGGAAACCUAAGGUCUGUACCCAAAACUACAGGACUAUUUGACAUCAUAAUAAAACACUGCAGAUAUGAUGCUGAGUAAGAGCAGAAAUGGGAAGACUUGGUUGUGCAGUAACUGAGUUCUUGAAAAGAGGAGAUGCUUGAUGAGGGCAUGGAUCACUAAGGUCUGUUCCCAAUACAAGAAGACUCUUUGACAUCAUAAUAAAAUACUGCAGAUACGAUGCUGAGUGAAAAAGAGUAGAAAUGGGAAGACUUGGUUGUGCAGAAACUGAGUUCUUAAAGAGAGGAGAUACUUUAUGAGGGGAGACAUGAGACAUCAAUCAACAUAUGAAAAACAAACAAGACAGGACAACUGGAGAGGAGGCGGCUUGGGAGAUUUUAGAUCACAGGCUGGAGUGCACUGGAGCAAUCUUGGCUGGCCAAUACUGAGUUCUUGAAAACAGGAGAUGCUUGAUGAGGAUGGGAUCAUCUAGUUGCAGGAAAACAAGGCUCAGGGUGCCUACUGAUUCUACAUUAUGCUUGGUCCGGAGAGCUGCCUUGGACUCUCCAAUGAAUUCAAACAGCUGCCUCUGUUACCUUGACUCGUCUCAGAUUUCAUUGACCCGAGAUGGGUCCUGGCACUAGGAAUGUAAGACUGUCUCCAUUCUUUUGGCUUGUUCCAGAGAAGCCCAUGCAAGGUUCCUACUGACCAUAUGUUUCUUUCUUUUCUUUUGUUUUUUGAGACGGAGUUUCGCUGUUGUUGCCCAGGCUGGAGUGCAAUGGCGCGAUCUCCGCUCACUGCAACAUCCGCCUCCCUGACUCAAGCGAUUCUCCUGCCUCAGCCUCCCGAGUAGCUGGGAUUACACGCAUGCGCCACCACGCCCGGCUAAUUUUGUAUUUCUAGUAGAGUUAGGGUUUCUCCAUAUUGGUCAGGCUGGUUUCGAACUCCUGGCCUCAGGUGAUCUGCCCUCCUUGGCCUCCCAAAGCGCUGGGAUUAUAGGCGUGAGCCACCGCGCCCGGCCUUGACCAUAUGUUUCAUUUCUAGCUUUGAUGUCUGGGCAUCGAUUUCCCUCGGUUAAACUAUUUGCUCAAUGUUAAGGCCACUCUGUAGAAAUUUGUCUGUGUAACUGAGGUGCUAUGCAGGCCUGCCUGUGUGACUGUCAUGCAGGCCUGUCUGUGUGAUUGUCAGGGAGAAUUGGUCUGCCACAAUCCUUUUCUAAGCAUAGCCAAUAGAGGUAGUUAGGCAUAAUUUGUAUAUUACAGAAAUUGCCUUACAGAGAGUAACACAUUUCUAUACUCUCCUUCCAUAACAGACACUUAAAAAAACAAAAAAAGUAAUGUAUGCUUGCUGUGGACCUCAUUUAAGAUUGCAACAGAAGCACUUUUCAAUACUAUUAAACAGCUUUUUACUUUCCAUAUUUUAAGCUUUUUAAUUUAUUAUUUAUUUUCUUAAUUUUCUAUUUUUAAUUUUUUGAUACAUUAUAUUUGUAUAUAUUUAAGGGUACAUGUGAAAUUUUGUUACAUGCAUACAAUGUGUAAUGAUCAAUUCAUGAUAUUUAAGUUACCUAUCAACAAAGUAUUUAUCAUUUCUAUGUGUUGGGUACAUUUCAAGUCCUUUCUUCCAGCUAUUUUAAAACUACAGAAAAGUGUUGAUUAUAGUCACCUUACUCUUCUAUCAAAGUUUAGAACUUAUUUUUUCUAACUGUAUGUUUCUACGCAUUAACCAACUCUCUUCAGCCCCACUGCUCUCCCGCAAAUACACCCUUCCCUGUCUCUGGUAUCUAUCAUUCCACGCUCCACCGCCAUGCCAACAAGUAUUUUAGCUCCUACAGAUGAAUGAGAGCUAUAUUUUCCUUUCUGUGCCUGGCUUAUUUUACUUAACAUAAUGAUCUUCAGUUCCAUCCAAGUUGCUGCAAAUACAUGAUUUCAUUUUUUUAAUGGCUGAAGAGUAUUCCAUUGUGUAUAUAUAGACUGCAUAUUCUAGGUUUUCCAGUUCGUUAGUGUAUAGUCGUUCAUAAUACUCUCUGAUGAUCUUUUGUAUUUCUGUGGUAUCAGUGGUAAUCUCUCCUUUGCCAUUUCUGAUUUUGUUUAUUUGGGUCUGUUCUUUUCUUGGUUAGUCUAGCUAGUGGUUUAUCAGGUUCAUAUGUGUGUGUGUGUGUGUGUGUAUAUAUAUAUAUAAAUAUAAAACUGUCACCCAGGCUGGAGUGCAGUGGUGUGAUCUUGGCUCACUGCAACCUCCAUCUCCUGGGUUCAAGCGAUUGUUGUGCCUCAGCCUCCCUAGUAGCUGAGUUUACAGGCGUGCGCCACCAUGCCUGGCUACUUUUUUUAUUUCUAAUAGAGAUGGGAUUUCACCAUUUUGGCCACACUGAUCUCGAACUCCUGACCUCAAGUGAUUCACCCGUCUCGGCCUCCCGAAGUGCUGGGAUUACAGGAGUGAGCCAUCGUGCCCGGCAGUUUUGUUUAUAUUUUCAAAGAAUCAAUUUUUCAUUUUGUUGAUCCUUUGUGUUGGUUUUUCAUCUCUAUUUUGUUUAGUUCUGCUUUGAUCUGUAUUAUUUAUUGAUCCAUGUUACCAUGGUUUUUUUUUAGUAGAAAAUAGCUUUUAUUUAUACAUGGAUUCAGAAAAUAAGGAAAUACUCUCAAAAAGAAAAACACUGAUAUAAAUGGACCAUGCCAUAAUAAGCACUGAUUAAAUUUAAUACUUCUGAUUCUCUUGUUUUAUGCAUAAAUCAGUCUUUAAAUUCCUGUAAAAGACAUAAAGAACUGAAUUAUUCAAUCAAUAAACACAAUUUACGUAUUAAAUAUAACACUUUACAUCUCACAAUUAGAGAAUGAGUUUUUUUUUUUUUUUUUUUUUUGAGAUGGACUUCUGGCUCUGUCGCCCAGGCUGGAGUGUAGUGGCCUGAUCUUGGCUCACCGCAACCUCCAACCUCCCAGGUUCAAGUGAUUCUCCUGCCUCAGCCCCCUGAGUAGGUGAGAUUACAGGUGCCUGCCACCACGCCGGCCUAUUUUUGUAUUUUUUAGUAGAGACGGGGUUUCCCCAUGUUGGCCAGGCUGGUCUCAAACUCCUGACCUCAAGUGAUCCGCCCACCUUGGCCUCCUAAAGUGCUGGGAUUACAGGUGUGAGCCACUGCGCCCGGCAAGAAUGAGAAUUUUUAAUAGGUUUAUCAGUCUUUUGGCUUAAAAUCAUUUAGUGUAUUAAAAUAGUAAGCAUUUAGCCAUCCAUAUCAUUUGUCUAUUCAAUAAAUUUGGAAGUAAAGAAACGUUACCAAAAUCUUAUCCAAUCUGAAAUUAAUAAACACGUUUAAGAUUCUCUUUUACUCAAAUAGGAAAUAAAAAGGGAACUUACAUAAUAUCCAGAGAAUAAUUAAAGGCAAAAUACAUCAAGUCAAAUCCUAUUAUGCCUGCAGAUGCUUUUCUCAGAGGAAAGCCUUUAUCCAUUAAUGACUUUAUUAAAAUGUUUAUUUAUUUAUUAUCAUAAGCUCAACCAAGUGUUAAAUAAAACAGUUUUGAAAAUUAAGGUAAUAAGACUGAAAAGAAUGAACUAAUCUUACCAAAUGUUAAUAAACAAAUAAUUAAUCCAAGCAAAUGAGAAGAAUUGAGUCAAUCAUUUUGAAAGUGAAAUCACAGGAAUAGAAAGCCAAAAAUUAAUAAUCAAUGAAUUUUAAACAGAUUCUUUGAAAUUAUCAAUAAAAUAUAUCAGCCUUAUUUUAGUCCAUUCAGGCUGCUGUAGCAAAAUACCAUAGCUAGGUAAUUUAUAAUCUUUUAUAAAUAAUAAAACUUACUGCUCACAGUUCUGGUGUCUGGGAAGUCCAAGAUCAAGGCCCCAGCACAUUCAUUAUCUGUUGAAGGCUCACUCUCUGCUUCAAAGAUGGCACCUUCUAUCUAUGUGCUCACAUGGCAGAAGAGGUGACAAGCUCUCUCACGUCUGUUUUAUUAGGGAACUAAUCCCAUUCAGUAUGACUGACCCUCCAUUAUCUAAUCAGCUUCCAAAGGCUACAUCUCUUAAUAAUAUCACCUUGGGGGUUAGGUUUCAACAUAUAAAUUUUGGGGGAUACAGACUUUUAGAACAUACCUUCCCACCCUUGGGCCCCCCAAAUUUGUGUCUUUCCCACAUGCAAAAUAUAUUCGUCCUAUCCUAAUAGCCCCCAAAUUCUUUUUUUUUUUUUUUUUUUUUUUCCUGAGACGGAGUCUCACUCUGUUACCCAGGCUGGAGUGCAGUGGUGCAAUCUUGGCUCGCUGCAACCUCCACCUCCCAGGCUCAAGUGAUUCUCGUGCCUCAGCCUCCUGAGUAGCUGGUUCUACAGGCGUGUGCCACUAUGCCUGGGUAAUUUUUGUAUUUUUAGUAUAGACGGGGUUUCAAUAUGUUGGCCAGGCUGGUCUUGAACUCCUGACCUCGUGAUCCACCCACCUUGGCUUCCCAAAGUGUUGGGAUUACAGGCGUGAGCCACCGUGCCCGUCAAUAGCCCCCAAAUUCUUAACCUGUUUUUGCAUCAACUCAAAAGUUUAAAGUUCAAAGUCUCAUCUAAAUAUCAUCUACAUUAGAUUUGGGUGAGACUCAAGGUAUCAUUCAUUCUGAGCCAAAUUCCCCUUCUACUCUGAGCUUUUGAAGUUAAACAAGUUUUAUGUUUCCAAAAUACAGUGGUGGGACAGGCAUAAGUUAGAAAUUCCCAUUCCAUAAGGGAGAGAGAAGAAAGGAAAAGGGGUAAUAUGUUUCAAGGAAGUCUAAAACCCAAGAGCACAAACAAUAUUAAAACUUAAGGCUGGAGAAUAAUCUUCUUUGACUCAGUGUUGUGCCUUUCACACACACUUGGAUGAGGAUUGGGCCCCCAAGGCUUUAAGUGGUCCCAUUCCCAAUGACUUUUCUGUGCAUAGCCCGUGCCACAGUGCUCAUGUGUUGGAGUCUUGUGUUUGUGGUUCUCCUAGGCUGGAGUUGCACACUGGUGGCUUUACCAAUCUGAGGUCUCUGGGAUGGCCCUGCCCUCAUGGUUUUACCAGACUUUGCCUUUAUGGUGGUCCCUCCAUGGCUUUAAUAGACAUUGUCCCAGUGGUGACUCUUUAUUGUAGUCCUAUUCCUGUGGGACAUCUUUGUCCAUGCCCUGCAGCUCUCUGGGGGUACCCUUAGUAAUAUAGGUGGAGGUAGCCAUGUCCCUACAGCUCAUUUUGCUCUGUGCUCCUGUGGAGAUGGCACUGUGUUGAUGCUGCCAAGAUUUUUACUGCCUGUGCACUUUAGAGUGGUGGCCUGAACCACAUCUGGGCCCAUUUGAGACACAUCUGAUGAGAGAGGGAGCUGAAAAAUGCUGUGCCAGAAUGUAGGGAGCAGAGACUUGAGGUAGUUCAGGGCAGCAAGCACUGAGGUUCCUUGGAUGCCCAAGGUCCCUCUUUUGACCUCAUUUUACGCCCCAGGUUUGGUAUUCUGAGCCUGUGAUGUGAGUGGCAGGCUGGAUGGUCUCUGAAAUGCCUUUAGGGUCAUUCUCUUAUUGUCAUGCAGAAUAGCAUCUGCCUUCCUUCUAUCCCUACUAAUCUUCUUAUCAAAUGGUGGCUUGGUCAUACCUUUAGUAUUCUCUUCUGAAUAUGCUUUUUCAUUAACUCUUCACAACAUAGCCACACUGAAAAUUUUUCAGAUCUUUACAUUCUGCUUCCCUUUUGAUUAUAAAUUCUUUUUAAUUUGUUUCUAUCUUCUUGUAUUUUACUACAAGCAUUCAAGAGAGGCCAUACCACACCCUCAACACUUUGCUUAGAUAUUUAUUUCACUAACUAUACUAUCAUUGCUCAGAAGUUCUACCUUCUACAAAGCCCUAGGAUACAUACACAGUUCAGCCAGGUUAUUUGCCACUUUAUAAGAGGGAUGGCUUUUCCUCCAGUUUCUGAUAACAUUUCUCAUUUUCACCUGAGACUUCAUCAGAAUGGCCUUUACCAUCCAGAUUUAUACCAAAAUUCUGUUCAUGACCUCUUAGGAAAUCUCUAAGAAGAUUAGGCAUUGUUUACAGCUCUCCUCUUCUGAGCCAUAACCAGAUCACUCUUAACACUCUGCUCACAGAAAUGUAGGCUUUUUCUAGCCUGAUCCUUUGCAUUCUUACGGCCUCUACCCAUUACCUAGUUCCCAAGCUGCAUCCGCAUUUGUAGGUAUUUGUUAGAGCAGCACACCACUUCUUGCUAUCAAUUUAUACCUUGAUUCUUUCAGGGUGCUAUAACAAUGUAACUUGGACUGGGUAGUUUUUAAAAACGUAAUUUACUGAGAGUCCUGGAGUCAGGGAUUUCGAACAUUAAGGUGCCAGAAAAUGUGGUGAACAAUGAGGGCUCAAUCUCUGCUUCAAAGAUGGCACCUUCUAGCUAUGUCCUCAUAUGGUAGUAGAAGUAAAAGAGCUCCCUCAGGCCACAUUUUUAAAGAUACUAAUCCCAUUCAUGGGGGUAGAGCCUCAUGACCAAAUCACCUCCCAUAGGCCUUACCUCUUAAUACCAUUACCAUCAGGAUUAGGUAUUUGGGGCCAUCAUUAAAAAGUCAUUAGGUAUUUGGCAAUCAUUAAAAAGUCAGGAAACAACAGAUGCUGGAGAGGAUGUGGAGAAAUAGGAAAGCUUUUACAUUGUUGGUGGGAGUGUAAGUUAGUUCAACCAUUGUGGAAGAGUGUGUCGAUUCCUUAAGGAUCUAGAAUCAGAAAUUCCAUUUGACCCAGUAAUCCCAUUACUGGGUAUAUACCCAAAGGAUGAUCAAUCAUUCUACUACAAAGACACAUGCACACGUAUACAUAUGUUUAUUGCGGCAAUGUUCACAAUAGCAAAGACUUGGAACCAACCUAAAUGCCCAUUGAUGAUAGACUGGAUACAGAAAAUGUGGCACAUAUACACCAUGGAAUACUAUGCAGCCACAAAAAAGGAUGAGUUCAUGUCCUUUGCAGGGACAUGAAUGAAGCUGGAAACCAUCAUUCUCAGCAAACUAACACAGGAACAGAAAACCAAACACUGAAUGUUAUCACUCAUAAGUGGGAGUUGAUCAAUGAGAACACGUGGACACAGGGAGGGGAACAUCACACAUUGGGGCCUGUCAGUGGUGGGGGACUAGGGGAGGGAUAGCAUUAGAAGAAAUACCUAAUGUAGACGGCAGGUUGAUGAGUGCCACAAACCACCAUGGCAUGUGUAUACCUAUGUAACAAACCUGCAUAUUCUGCACAUGUAUCCCAAAACUUAAAGUAUAAUAAUAAAAAAAAGAAAAUGGUUCAUAUUCAUAAAAUAACUUUCAAGGUCAAGUUUCAUGACCAAAAAUGCAAUUCUAACCCCCCAAUUGACUGAAUGGAUCCCACACUUCUGCCAAAGAGAUUCCAAAGAAACCUGAAAAACUAGUUAAGGCCAUAAAGGGAAGGAAGUAGGUGGUCAGACAUGCCUCAUUAUACCCUCUCCCAUUUGGAUUUCAGGCAUAACUGACCAGCAUGAACAUUAAAACAGAUCUUGGCCUGGUGAGGUGGCUCAUGCCUAUAAUGUCAACACUUUGGGAGGCUGAGGUGGGCGUAUCCCUUGAAGUCAGGAGUUCAAGAAUAGCCUGGGCAACAUGGUGAAACCCUGUCUCUGCAAAAAUACAAAAAUUAGCUAGGCAUGGUGACAUACACCUUAGUCCUAGCAACUUGGGAGGCUGAGGCAGGAGAAUCGCUUGAGCCUGGGAGGCAGAGGUUGCAGUGAGCUGAGAUUGUGCCACUGCAUUUCAGCCUGGGUGACAAAGUGAGACCACUUCUCAAAACAAACAAACAAAAACAAAGAAAAAAAACAGAUCUUAACACUGACAAAACAGAUUCUUUGUAGCAAUAAGAUACCAAAGUCCAACCUGACUCUAGUAUAACCUCACAUGAUAAAAAUGGAAAUAAAAAUAUUUUACCCCAAAGUAUGUUUUUUGGCCCUAUUUUGAAAUGGACCUGCAGAGCCAUUGGGAAACAUUUGCAUCUGUAAAGCAUCUCAUUAACAUAACUAGAUCUUUCCUCUUCCAGGCCUUCCGAAACCUGAAGAGAUUAACUGAGACUCUAGCACCUUUUAAAAGUCUAAAUAGAAAACAUUUGCUAUCUAUUAUCUCUAAGGGCAGCCACUUAUGAGACUUCAUCUAUGUAAUAAAAACCUUGGUCUCCACAACCCCUUAUGUUAACCCAGUCAUUCUUUUCUAUUGAUUCCAGGUCUUUAGAAAAUAACUUAACUCUUUCAAGCAAUUGCCAAUCAGAAAAUCUUGGAAUCCUCCUAUGACCUGUAAGCACCCACUUUCCCCUGCUUUAAGUUGUCCUGCCCUUCUAGACCAAACCAAUGGAUACCUCACAUGUAUUGAUUGAUGUCUUAUGUCUCUCUAAAACAUAGAAAAGAAAGCUGUAGCCCAACCACCUUGAGCACAUGUUCUCAGGACCUCUUGAGACCAUGCCUUGGGCCAUGGCUACUCAUAUUUGGCUUAGAAUAAACCUCUUCACAUAUGUUACAGUUUGGCUUUUUUAGUCAAUAUUAAUUGGCACCCUACAUAUGGGGCCUCAGAGAAGACUCAGAACCCUGAAAGAGUCACCCAAACCCAGAGCUAAGGUACCAGCAGGGGCCCAUUGAAAGCCCCCCAACUCCAAGCUUCUUCUUGAGUGAAACUGGUAAGUCCUCCUCAGCCCUGAACCUCCUGCUCAGUUGACAGUCUUCUGCUUUAUUCUGAGCUGGUUCUUUUCCUAGGAAGUUGUUGUUCAGGAUCCUAAUUUUGAUUCAGAAAGCAUUCUGAAGGAUCUUUUCCAUUGCCUCUUUCUCCCCAAAUUAAUCUCACUUGGCUUGUUUGUGCAUUUGCUUGAGAAACUGAACUGUCCCUUGUGUAAAUCAACGAGAGACUGAACUUCUCAGCUCCACUCCAUUGAAACGCAGACUACAGUUUGGUUCCUCCCUUAAAGAAAAUUAAAAAAAGGGAAACAAAUAAUCAAAGAAUGAGGAGAUACAAAGAUAACAACCCCCUUUUGGGCACGUUGUUUGGUUUUAUGAUGCCUCUACUUGCAAGCAUUUGUGUAAAUGGAAAAGUUUGAAGGCAUGCCAGGUUUUCUAAUACUCCAGCUGGUUACAUAUUAUGGUCUAUUCUUGGGCACAUUUUAAACUUGUGGCUAAAUUACAUCAAGAAAAAUUCAGAGGUCAAAAGUCAACCUGCGAAUAUAGAGUCUUUAAAAAAAGUCAACCUGCGAAUACAGAGUCUUUAAAGUUUUAUGUGUAUUUCUCUAUUUUCUUUUCUGCCUGCUUUAAAUCUGUUGUUACUUUUCUACUGGAGUUGAGAUAAAAACCACUGUCUGCAUCCAACCAUUUCUUUUUCUUUCUUUUUUUUUUUCAAACUGGUGAGUUUGUAUUUAUCUCAUGGUUAGAGUUCUGAAAUAAAAGCUAUAAGAUCUUUGUUUGUAUGUGUGUGUAUGUGUUUAGAUGUGUUUGUAUGUACGUACAUCCAUUUUUUUAAAUGUGUUGUGACCACAAAGUACCAAAUUGGCUUUACAAUAAAGGAGUACUCAUAAAUUAAGUAAAUAAGCCCAGUGCUUUUCUAGUUCAUGUGACUUAAGUAAAUCUUUAACAAAUAAGCUGACUUUAAAAUUAUUGGUAAAAUAAAAUUAGAAAUGUCUUCAGAAUUGUCAGCACACAUUUUGUCUAGAUUUACUGGUCAGGUGGUUUUGUGUUUAUCUCUUAUAGAUAUUUUAUAAGGUGUUAAAGUUUUGCACAAAGGAUAUAGAAGUAUAAACUCAGCCCCAAAUCUAUGAUCUUUGUGUAAUUUUUGAUAAAUAAGGCAUUUAAUAUUGUUGGUCUAAUGAAAACAGAUAAAUCCUGAGUUAUCAGCAAAAAAAAAAAAAACAUUUAUUUAACUGUAAAUUUCAUACUUAGUUAAACACCUGAUAUUCACAUGCUGUAAAAUUGGUUAACAGAGAAAUAACUUUAAAUAAUGACUAGCUUUGUCUAACAUCACAGUUUUCAUAAGUACUCUAGGUAAAAUAUUAAAAAUAAAUAAAUAGUCAAAUAAAUGCAAUGGAAUAAAUGUUUAUAAAUAAACUUGUCCUGUAAUUUUAAAUUCUUAAAGUUAUGUUAAGUUAAAUAAGAGAUAAUUAUUAAAUAUGUGGGUCAUAUCCAAUUGUUUUAAAAGAUUAUAUAUACAAAAACAUUUUCAAACAAAUUAAUUAUAAAAUGGUUUUCAUCUAUAAAAUGCUCAUGUAAUAAACAAUUUAAGAUUUCCUAUUUACUAGGUCUUCACAAAAAAGUAAGGUUACUAAAAAUAAAAAUUGAAUUUAAUAUAUAAUUCUACAUGUAAAACAUGUCAAAAAAGAUAUAUUCUGAUGAAAAUAAGAAAAAUUAUAACACAUAAAAAUGUGUUCUUAAUAAAAGUAAAUAAUUUUUGUCUAAUUCAAGGGUUACUUUGAAACAGGGUAAAAUGAGCUGAUAGUAAGUAAAAGAAAUGUAAAGAAAGCUAUAGCUAUAAAAGCAGUAUUUUUUGGUAAUAGAGUUUAAAAGGAAAAUAAUUUUGUGUGAAAAAGAAUCUUGUAUGAUAAAUUUUUGUCCUAGAAUAAAACAGAAAGUUCAAGCAUGUCAUAAAUAGUAUGUGAAAGUCAUAAUAGGGUUUGUAAAAAACAGAAUUUAUAAAAGAAAUGUUGUGUGUGAUCAAGUUGGCUAUACUGGAAAGGAAAUUAUUUAAUCAUCUUCUAGAAAUUGUGCUUUGAUACUAAAAAUACACUAAUAUAAAACUAAAGUUUUGGUAGACUAGAUUUUCUUAAAAUAUUGAUUUACUCAAUGAAAUUGCAAGAAAUUUUUAAAUUUUAAUUAUGUAAUUCUUUUUUAAACUUGAAAUUUCUGAGAUUAUCUUAGAAGUUCAAAUUCUGCUAUACUCUGCUGUUUUUAGCCUUUCUGUCCUUGAGAAGUCCUGGGAUGCAGGUUUGACUUUCAGGUUAUUCAAAUAAGCUUCCCAUAAGGAAAAAUAAUUGCUACCAUAGGUCUUUUUUGUUGUUGUUGUUUUACUUUUUUGGUGAUUAGCCUAAGGAACAGUGAUUUUACAUUUUAUCAAAAUAAUUCCUGUGUUGUUUUAAUUAGGUUUUAAAAAAUACUUAAAAAACAAACUUUGAAAGGGUUAAUGUUUUUAUAUUUGUGUAACUUCCUAUAUUGUUGUUGAAGUCUUUUGAUUGUGACUCUUGUUAAAUGAUUAACUAUUAUUUUAUAAUGUUGUAUGGUUCUGUUUUAAUAAAAUAUUUUGAGACUUUUAACAUUUUUGACAAAUAUCCUCAAAAUCAAAUCCCAAAUUAAGUCUCUGACUUGACUUAUUGCUGGAGGCUUAUUAAAACUAUAAAAAUUAAUCACUAUAAGGAUAUAGAAUCUUUCCACAGCUGCCAACAAGUCAUAAACUCCAGUAUCACCACCACCAGCCUGAUGAUUAGACAUCAGUUGAGAGAAUCCCUCUAGCCCCACUUAAAAAAGGUCUUUAUGAAAUGUUAUUAACUAACCCUUGUGCUGUUAAGUUGCAGGGCUUUGACUCCUGGGUACAUGUAUCUCAUCUGAAAGGGAAUCCUGACACCUACUGAAUCUUAACAGUCAAUAUUGAUAUCUGGCAUCAAAUUCAAGUUGACCAAAGUUCCAUCUUCAGACCUGGGAGAAGAUGACAGUCAAAAUGAACUGCUUUCAUGUGACACUGGACCAGGCCUAUAUACAAAGGCAUAAGUAAUCAUUGAGUAAUGUUUCAUCUAUCUAUCUUAAUAUAAUUUGUUCUAUGCCUUACUAGAUAAAUGUUUAGUUACCUGUGAGUUUUCUUUUCCUGCCAUUGUCAGAGCUAGGCAGGGCUUAAGUCCCUUUUGUUUAAACAUUACUAACUCUAUACAUAGCUUGCAAAAUUGGAUAAAACAACAAAGGUUACUUUUUCACUCUCUCUCUGCUUAAUAUCUCUGAAAUUUAAAACUAUUCAGAAUCCCAUUGGGCCCGAUCUAUUUUCAAUGCUAAUGCUCCACUGCUAAAACUAUAUAAGCAUCUUCCCUCUAGGCUCAGGCACUAUCUUGGAAGAGGUAAAUGUGUAAGAUUGUAAAGGUUGAUUUUUGAGCAACAAAAUUAAUUUAGAUCUUCCAAAUAAAAAAUGGGCACACAGAUGCCCAAACAGUUGGCAAAAUAAGAUACUUUACCUCCUGGACCAGUAUGUGGUCCUUUUUCAUCCAUCCCAACCAUAAUUUCCUCUUUCCUGUAGAAUUAAAAGAAAAUUGCAAAGAGGAUAUGAACUUAUCUGGUAACAAAACCUCCUGGGUAUAGUGCUCCCAGUUAUGAGAUUUAUGCAGAUUGUUAUAUAAAGUUUUUUAAAAUCAAGCACCUUAGGACAAACUAUUAAAAAGAUUGCUAAAAGCGUUGUGACACAACAAAAGUCUCUAAAUUCUGUAGCUUAAAAAGUUUUAACAAAGUACUUAUCUUUUGCAAGCUAAUUGCUACAAGUCUAUAACUAAAACAUGUAUUGACUGAUGUCUUAGGUCUCCCUAAAAUAUAUAAAACCAAGUUGUAAACCAAUCACCUUGGGCACAUGUUCUCAGGACCUCUGGAGACUGUGCCUUGGGCCAUGGUCACUCAUAUUUGGCUGAGAAUAAAAUUUAAAAAAUA